UUUCCGGCCGGGCGCAGCUCGGGGCAUCACUUGGCGCCAUGGCGCAAGGCAAGCAGAAGUUCCAGGCGCGGAAGGCGGGCCCCGCGGGGAAGAAGGCGGCGCCCUCGGCUGCCCGGGGACCUCGGAAAGGAGGCCGUGUUAUUGCUCCCAAGAAGGCUCGUGUGAUACAGCAGCAGAAACUGAAGAAGAAUCUGGAAGUUGGAAUCCGUAAGAAAAUUGAGCAUGAUGUAGUCAUGAAGGCCAGCGCAAAAUUACCAAAGAAACUGAGUGUUCUGAAGACCCCAAAACCAGAAACCUCGAAGGACCAAGGUCACUCCAGCAAGUCAUAGCUUGGUGGAGUCGGGGAUGAUGAGUCUCCACUUACGCUGGCUGUUAUUGACUUUAUCUAUGGCAGUAAUCUUGCGAGAAAUGUCACGCAUCUCCAGCGUGACAUUUCAGUUGAUCGGCUUAAAGAAUUUCUUUCACAAGAGAAAUACGUGAACAGCGUCUCGCCCUGUUCCUAGAUUAUAGUCACAGCUGUAGUUUUCAACUCUGACUUCCUAAUGUACCGUGAGACCCCCAUAUCCUCAUGGGAUACGCUCCCAGCCAGACUACGGUUUCCUGAAACCACAGCUACAACAGAAUGGCAUUCAUAGGCCCUUCUACACUGCUAUAUAAUCCAAAGCAGGUAAUCCUCAUCUGCUUUGAACUGGAUUAUAUGAGUCUACACUUCCAUAUCCAGUUCAAAUCAGAUAAUCUGGAUUUUAUAAGGCAGUGUAGAUGGGGCCAUAGUGCCUGACUUCUGGUCCCAGAAUACCAUAGCUGUGUUGGAGCACCUAGAGAUUCCUAGCUCAGGAAUUUGUUAGGUCCUUCAAUGCAACUUUAUAGUAACUUUCAUAGGAAACGUACUUUAAUAUCACCUAAUUAUUCCUUACUAGCUGUCCCCUGCCACGUGUUGCUGUGGCCCAGUCUGUUGAUCUGGAAAAUAAAGUAAUGAGAAAGUGUUGGUUUCUAA